CAGCUGUCCAAUAGAGGCCCUCAGUGCUAGCACGGCUUGCAGCUUAAGCGCCUCCGCGGUCUGAGGAAUGUCAACUAUUCAAUAUGGAGGCGGAGGUCGAUAAGCUGGAACUGAUGUUCCAGAAAGCUGAUUCUGAUUUGGAUUACCUUCAAUAUAGGCUGGAAUAUGAGAUCAAGACUAAUCACCCACAUUCAGCAGGAGAGAAAAAUGCAGGUACAAUUUUAAAGGAAUUAUCAGCAAUAAAGUCUCGAUAUCAAGCUUUAUGUGCACGUUUUAAGGAAGUUUCUGUUGAGCAAAAAGAGACCAAGAGCUGCAUUUGUGCUCUUUUGAACAAGACAAUGACCAUGAUACAAGACCUACAAAAGCAAACAAACCUGGAGCUAACUCUACUGACUGAAGAAGAGAAAGCUGUGACAGAACAAUUAAAGUCUCAUCUGCCAGACUUGAUUUAAAAGGAACUCUGAUGGAGAAAAGAUCAGUUCCAAAGAGAUGCAGCAAGAUAUGUAGAGGUUGGGGGCUGAUGAGGAAGACUGAGAUUUUCCUUGACUGAGAGGAUCAUGAGAUCAUAAUGCAUCUCAUAUGAAGGGUAGAUAUCAUAAGACUGAAACCCAAAGGAUGGGAUGGGAAUAAAGAAAUGUAAAUACUGAUA